CUCCCCACAAUCCGGAGCUUUGCAUUGAAGGGCGGAGGGGGUGCUUCUGUGGAUGGAUUAUAAAUCCAGUCUGGAGUAGAGUCCAGAGUAAACCCUCUCUCUUUCUCUCUCCCGACUCAUAUUUGAUUUCAUCUUCUUCUACAUUUUCGUCUUCAUUUUCGUCUUCAUUUUCGUCUUCAUUUUCGUCUUCAUUUUUAUCUUACACCGCGCUGCCGUCUAUCGCUGCCGUAUAUCCAUAAUGCCCAACACCAAGAUCGUCCACGUCCCCCACAUAGGUGGAAUUGAUGCAGCAUACCAGAUGCGUCACCCAUAUGAUGCUGCAAAGCCUACUCUUGCCUUAAUCAAUUCAUUCACUACCUCUUCUGAUCUGUACAGCCUGCAAUACGAAGAUAAAACCCUUACAGACAAGAUGAACCUGCUUGCCAUUGAGCUAUUGGGCCAUGGUCAGACCCGCACCAAGCGGGAGAAUUGGACAUACUGGGACACAGCUGAGAUGAGUCUCCAGGUGCUGGAUGCAUUGGGCAUUGACAAGGCUUUUGUGCUGGGUACAAGUCAGGGUGGUUGGAUUACGGUUCGGAUGGCAUUGAUGCGUCCGGAGAAGAUUGCUGGAAUUAUCCCCCUGGGCACUUCUCUUGAUUUUGAAUCUGAACACACUCGACAGCUUAACUGCUGGGAUGCUCCUCACCUCCUCACCUCCCACAUCAAUGAGUGGACAACCACUGAGCCCACCCCAGACUUCCAGCCAGACCUUGCCUACUGUGACUUCCUCAUUGAAAUUGGGUUUGGAAAGGAUGAAUGCCCUGCUGAAACCCGUGACUUCUGGCGCAAGGCUAUCCGUGAAAACUACAAGGGUGAUGAGGGGCGCCGUCGGGUUCGUAUGGCAGCCAUCAAUCUCAGGGACCGUGAUGGAUUGCACCCAAGGUUGUCCGAUAUUCAAUGCCCAGUUUUGUGGCUGCAUGGAACUAAAGAUGUCGUUUACUCACUUGCCAAUGCCCAGAGGGAGAUUCAGCUGUUCAUCAACUCCCCCGAUGCAAAGCUUGUGCCAAUUGAGGGUGGUGCUCACUUCCUGAGCGCAUCACAUCCAAAGGAGGUCGAUGGAGCAAUCUUAGAGUUUGUGGCGAAGUAUAACCCGUAAACACUGGUUAAUUUGUCAAGAUGAUAGAAUGAUGAUUUAACAGUCUGGCCCUUGCUAUCAAUGUAUUUAGUUGACGUUGACACAAAGAAAAAGUACAUUUGUUGUUUAAAUCAAUAAAAUAAAGCAAGUAAUGCCAUGACCUCAAAAUCAUGCUUCUCAUGGUG